AUUUUGAAUUGCCAAUGUUUGCAGCAGCGGCACCUUUGUUGGAGCUCAUCAAAUUACUGCCUCGCUUUGCGGACAUAGAAGCGCUGCUCGAACAUGAAAUCGAAGCUCGUUAUAUACUCAAACGCGCCGCAGAUCACUUGGAAUUGGGCAAGCUGGAAGGUUCGUCGUCGUCGGAGGAAAUUUCAUAUCUGAUUGGAGCAUUGGUGGACAAGCAUUGGGAGCGCAUCCACAGCGGACACUUUAGCAGCGUGCCGCUGGUCAUACGCAAGGUCUAUGCUCUCGGCUGCUACUUCAAGAUAAUUUUUAUGCUUUUGGAGAGCACAAGCCAUGAGCAACGUGAGAAAUGCGGCGCUAUUCUGGACGAGGCUCAAUUGCUUGGCUGCACAGAUAAGCUAUAUGCAAAGUCUAAAGAUCUACAAGCUGCCCUAAUGAGCUACCUCGAUGAAGAUGUUAUAGGGAACAACUCAAAGCCUCUACCGAUUCUGGCGCCUCUGGAGCGGAUCAGCUCACGCUGCGAUAUACCUCAACUGAAUGCACCUAGCAUACUGGAAUUUCGCAACAGCUGUUAUCAGGCAGAGCAGCCAACGCUGCUGCUAAACACAAUUAAUCACUGGCCGGCAAUUAGCAAAUGGCGCGAUUUAAAUUAUCUUUUAAAAGUCGCCGGCAAUCGAACUGUUCCCAUCGAAAUUGGUUCGAAUUACGUCAGCGAUGAGUGGUCCCAGCAGCUGGUAAAAAUACGUGACUUUCUUUACAGACAAUUUGGCCGGGAAACAAGCAGCGAUGAUAACCAGGAAGUGGAGUAUCUGGCGCAACACGAACUCUUUGCCCAGAUCCCAACACUCAAGUCGGACAUCUGUGUGCCGGACUAUUGCACCGUCUCCGGCGACACUCCAAGCAAUGUGGACAUCAAAGCCUGGCUGGGACCACGUCACACCAUAUCACCCAUGCAUAACGAUCCCAAACACAAUCUGCUCUGUCAAGUGUUUGGCAGCAAGAUCAUCAUUCUAGCCUCGCCAGCGGACACACCAAAUCUCUAUCCACACGAGAGCGAGUUUCUAAAUAACACAUCGCAAAUCGAUGCAGCCAUACCGGACUUUGAGCGUUUUCCAUUGUUGCGAAGAACACGUUUCUAUGAGUUGCUCUUACAGCCCGGCGAUUGUUUAUAUUUACCGCCCAAGUGGUGGCAUUACGUGCGCUCCGAGACGCCCAGUUUCUCAGUUAGCUUUUGGUGGGAAUAGAAUACCUUGUAUUCCGUUGACGUAUAUAUUCUAAUUGAUUUGAUAUGCGAUUAUAAUGAAAUACCUAAAUUAUCAAUGUCCAAAGGUAUGUCAGAAACAUGACGUCAUCUGCCAUCGAUAAAUAGUCUGAUGUUGAUCUUGAAUCGGAAAAUAUGAUUCAUAAUAAACCUGCUCGUUGUUUGUUUAAUAAGUUAUAAAUGUUAUUUAUUGAGUGUAGCCAAGAAAUAAGUUUGGCUGCGGCAAACAAAAAUAAAAAAGAAUUAAGACAUUUACGUUAUAAUACGAAACAUUACAAAUAUAGCUUAAAAACAUGAGAUAAUAAAUCCAGUAUUUCGUUAUCUA